AUGGAGCAUCUUAAGAGUUUCCAGGUGUUCGUGGCGCUGCUCGGCCUCGCCGCCGCCCAGAACGUCACACACAGUGCGGAGCGUCCUGCGUCCUACCUGCUGCUGCUCCCCAGAGUCCUUCAAGCGGGACAUCCGACAUCUUUGUCUGUCAGCGUCCUGACGUCUUCGGCGGUCACGGUGAUGGCUCGCAUCGUCCACGCCGACCAGGAGAUGGCCACGCAAACGCUGGACGUGGGAGGAGGAUCCACGCAGCUUCUGACUCUUCCACCUGUCAGCGUCGACAAGUCAAGCUUCCGCCAAGCCUGCAUCCUGGAGGUCACAGGUUACGCGGGCAGACAGCAUGUUUUCGCCAACAAAACACGUUUGUACUUUGAGCCCCGAGGCUGCAUGACCUUCAUCCACACGGACAAGGACGUGUACCGUGCGGGUCAGCUGGUCAGGAUCCGGGUCGUGACCCUUCAGGACGCCAUGAAACCCUGCAACAGCUCGGUGGACAUCCUGGUCAAAGACCCGCGGGGGAACCUGCUCAGGCAGUGGCGCGCUGCACAGGCAGUCCUGGGGGUUCUUUCCAGAGAGUUCCGUCUGUCCGAGGAGCCUCCGCUGGGCCAGUGGACCAUCUCUGCGCUGGUGGACGGGGGCGCGACUCGCAAACAUGUGCAUGUGGAUCGCUAUGCCAUGCCAAAGUUCCAAGUCACGAUGGACCUUCCGGACGUGCUCCAUCGGGAAGACACGCUGUGGGGUACCAUCACAGCCAGGUACAAGUAUGGACAACCUGUGAGAGGACACAUCAACAUCACUGUGCUGCAUCACUAUCAUGGAAUUGAAGAAAUCUAUGAUGAACACAGACAGAUUGACGGCAACGUCGACUUCAAUUUCGCUCUUCCCGACAUCUACGCGAGGAGCGGCAGCGGAUCUUCUGCCACGAUGUACGACGAACAACAAUUCCUGAAGGUCGUCGCCCACGUGACCGAACGCCAGACAGGCGUCACCGUGGACGCAGAGGCCCGCGUGUGUUUGGUCGAGCACAUGUACAAAAUUGACUUUACGGACUAUCCCAAAAUUCUGAAGCCUUCGAUGAGCUUCACUGCAACAGUUCACGUGGGCAAAUCCAACAAGCAGCCAUUGUCAGACGAGGACACGAAGAAGACACUCAAAGUGUACGUCGUGCAACAAGUACAAACUCCGCGGGACAAGUGGACGCGCACGACGCACAACGAGUCGGGACCGUGGCAUCCCUCUCCCGACGAGAUGGCGUCUCAGGACAUGGAGUUUCCCAUCCCUGCCGAUGGGGUGGUGUUCAUCCACUUCCUGCUCGUGAACCACACCCGAGUGCUCACCGUUGAUGCCUCAGUGGAGGACAGCUACCAGACGCUCCAGCUCUACUCCACUUACAAGUCUCCCAGUCACUCGUACGUCCAGAUCCAGAUCCAAAGCGGCUCGGACGCCGCCGAGGUGGGCUUCCCAUUCACGCUGUAUGUUGACGCCACUUUUCCCGUGACUGGAAUUCACUACGUGGUGAAGUCUGGAGGUGUGAUUGUUUCUGCCGGUGAAGGUUCUCGUCAGCUAACUUUGGUUCCGGAAGCGUCCUGGACUCCGAUGAUCUCCGUGAUCGUCUUCCUGGUACGAGAAGACGGAGAGGUGGUCAACGACGUGGUCUGCCUGGCUGUCCAUCCCUUCCUCCGCAAUCAGGUGUCGGUGAGCUGGAGCGAGCCGGAGAGCAGACCGGGCAGCGAGGUGACGCUCAGAGUGUCCGCGGCCGAAGCAGGCUCUAUGGUGGGGAUCCUGGUGCAGGACAAGGUGCUGUCAAGGUGCGAGCCGCGCCUUGACAUCACAAAGGAGAUGAUGGCGCUGCGGGAGAAAGACGAGUACCACGCUUCCACGGAAAACCAAUAUCCCGAGCACAAGGGAAUGGGAGAUCCGCUCUCAGUCUUCACGUCGUGUCAACUCAUUGUUUUGACAGACGCGUCGCUCCAUGCGACCGAUCCCUGGGUGGCAGCAAAACAAGGUCAAGUUGAAAGGGAUCGUCGGGCAGAAGGUUUAGACACGCUGACGCUGAUGUUGACGCUGAUGUUGGUCCUUUCGACAGAGGAGGACUACCUCCUGUCCCAGAUGGACUCCGAGUACCAGGAUGAGGAGCACGGGCGGGAGUCAGUGGAUUGUCCUACCGAGACGUGGAUAUGGACGGAAACGUUCACAGAUGAUUCAAGGUCAGCGGAGAUGAGAGUGACGGUCCCAGACAGCAUCACCACCUGGACGGCCACCGCCUUUGUCAUGUCCAACACGCUUGGCCUCGGCGUUGUCCGGAAGCCCGCCCAGCUCAGUGUCUCCAAGGAGCUCCUCCUGUCCGUCCACCUGCCACCAGUCGUCACUCGUGGCGAGGAGAUCGUGCUGGAGGUCCUCCUCUUCAACAACCGCUAUGACGACCUGCAGGUGAUGGUGCUCGUCGUUCAGAACGACACCUUCGAGUUCAUCUUACCGGACAUCUCGCAGCUGGCGGCGCCCAGUGCGCGGCGGGUGUCGCUGGGCGGAAAGAGCGCCGCCUCUGUCCUGUUUCCCAUCAGGCCGCUGGUCCUCGGCGACGUCAGCGUGACGGUGAUGAGCAAGUCCUACGUGGGCGUGGACGUCACCCGAGGGAGCUUCCUGGUCAAGGCAGAAGGGUUGGAGCAGUCGUUCUCCACAUCGCUGCUGCUGGACGUUUCGUUUCGCCUCUCUAACGUGAUGACGUUCAUGUUCCCUGACGGUGUGGUGGCGGGAAGCAGGAGUGCCUGGGUGACGCUGGUCGGGGACAUCCUGGGGCCAUCUAUCCAGGGCCUGGGCUCUCUGAUCCAGAUGCCGUUCGGCUGCGGCGAGCAGAACAUGAUCCACUUUGCUCCAAACAUCUACGUGUUGCUCUACCUGAACGCCACCGGGCAGGACCACCAGGAGGUCCGAGACAUGGCCGUGACCUACAUGGUGUCAGGUUACGAGCGAGAGUUGUCCUACCAGCGAGCAGACGGAUCCUUCAGUGCCUUUGGAGAGAGGGACCGUUCUGGAAGCACCUGGCUGACCGCCUUCGUGCUGAGAUGUUUCCUCCAGGCGCGACCGUUCAUAAGCAUCGACGAGCACGUUGCGAGGGGGGCGGCGUCCUGGCUGCGCGGCCGGCAGGGGGCUGACGGCGUCUACGAGGAGCCGGGACGCGUCAUCCACACGGAACUCCAAGGAGGUCUGGACGGGCCCGUGUCGCUGACGGCGUACGUCCUCAUCGCGCUGCUGGAGGAUCCCAACAUCAGGACUCAGUACGCCAGCCAGGCGGCGGCGGCGCUGAUGUUCCUGGAGACGCGACUCGCUACGGGCCGCGUACACACAAACUACAGCCUCAGCUUAGUCUCCUACGUGCUGGCCGUGGACGGCAGCGCCAACGCCCACGCCGCGCUCGACCAGCUGAUUGGACGAGCCGACAUGAUGGACGGCGUCCCCACGUGGACGUCGCCCGCCGCCGGUCUGGCGUCGUCAUGGCAACCCAGCUCGGCCGACAUCGAGACGGCGUCCUACGCUCUGCUGAGCUUGCACAAGCUGGGCCGCCUGGCCGAGGGCGUCGGCCUGGCGAAGUGGCUCGGACGCCAGCGCAACCCCGCGGGAGGAUUCGGGAGCACUCAGGACACAGUGGUGGCACUGCAGGCCUUGUCCACGGUUGCCGUGUUGCUUCACCAUCACGACGUCAACCUGAGUGUCAGCGUGAACGACAGCGUCUUCCACGUCAACGCGUACAACCGGCGCCUCCUACAGACGCAGCGGGUGGAGCUGAAGGACCAAAUCUACCUGCAGGUGGCGGCGGAGGGCCAAGGCCUCGCUCUUCUUCAGCUGAACGUGAUGUACAACGCGAGGACGGACGAGCCGAGUCGCCGUCGACGAGACGCCGACUCCCACGAAGCGUUCGACGUGCAGGUGCGACUCUUUGACGAGGGCCAGGACUCGCGUGCGCAUCUGGACGUGUGCUGCAGUCUGACGAGGGGCCCGAACGCGACGGGCAUGGCCCUGGCGGAGGUCGGCCUGCUGAGCGGCUUCAGCCUGCGGCCCGACGCCGUCCGGCUCGACGACGUCGUUAAGAAGGUGGAGGCGCGGCCGGGGAAAGUCGUCGUCUACCUCGACUCGAUUACAACGGAAGCGGUGUGUGUGCGACUUCCUCUGCUGGUGGAGUUCAAGGUCGGCAAAGUCCGGGAAGCCGUCGUGCUCGUCUACGACUACUACGAGCCACGCCGUCGUAGCGUGCGGGCGUACGGUUCCGGAUGGCGCGGCGACGUGGACUCGUGCUUGUUUUGCGGCGACGGUUGUCGUCAGUGCACGAGCGACAAUGAUUGGAUAGAAGCCAGCUCCGCCUUCAGCUUGAGGCUCCGCCCCCUACACGCUCUUUCUCUCCUCGUCUUCAUGACGACGAUGCACCAACUGUGA